GCCUCCAUUGCCAAACACAACAUCAAAUAAUGUCAAUAAGGUUUUUCUCCAAUUUAAAGUUCAAAGUUCAAUAAGAUGAAUUCUUCAUUCCGAAAAAUAUUUGUUCAGUACUUGAGGCUUUAUAAAACCUGCUCCAAAGCAAGGAUCAUCCAAACUCCAUGCCAUGGAUGUAGACACCAUUAUUCCACCUCACCAUUACACAGUACAUCUGAAAACAACCCUAGAGAGUGGCAGACACAUUUUAAAGGACCACAACCAGAGUUUGAUUGGCAAUAUUUAUGUGACCCUAACAAUACUGCAGCAAUAGAAGAGAACAUAAAAUAUAGAAAAGGUAUGGGAGAUAUUAGAAAAGUGACAAGCUUAUGGAAGAAGUAUAAUGAAGAAAGUGAGGCAAGUCAUAAAGAUAGAAUCUGGAAAGACUUAAUAAAAGAAGCUAGUGAUAUACCUAACACUCAUCAUCCAGACUCACCUAUAGGUGAAGAAGAAAAUUCCAGAUUAGUUGAAACUGUUGGAGAACCUACACGAUUUAAUUUUAAGCCAAGAACUGUGGUUAGAAUUGGUGAAAAGCUAGACAUACUCAGAACAGACAAUGUUAAUUUUUCAACUGGAAUAAGAACAUAUUAUUUUAAAGAUGAACUGGUAGAUUUAGAAAUGGCUUUAAUUAAAUUCACAUUAAAUACAUUAAAACAACAUGGAUUUCAUGUUAUCUCAGUUCCCGAUCUUAUAUAUGCUCCAGUUAUUGAAGCUUGUGGUUUUAAAACUACAGGUGAAAAUCAAGUUUAUAAAUUAAAUGAUAAUUUCUAUCAAGAUGUGUGUUUAGCUGGUACAGCAGAAAUGUCUCUAGCAGGGUUUAUGUCAGAUGAAAAAUUAACAACAGAAAAUCUUCCAACAAAGUUAACUGCAGUGAGUCGAUGUUUUAGGAGAGAAGCAUCUGAUGCUAAAGAAGAACAAGGAAUAUAUAGAGUACAUCAAUUUACCAAGAUUGAAAUGUUUGGUGUGACAGAGAAUGAUAAGGGAACAGAAAGUGAAGAGUUAUUACAACAUUUUCUUGAUAUAGAAAAAUCUUUAUUUUCUCAGCUCGGUCUACAUUUUCGAAUAUUAGAAAUGUCAACAGAAUGUCUGGGAGCACCAGCUUAUAGAAAAUAUGAUAUGGAAACUUGGAUGCCUGGUAAACACUUUUGGGGUGAGAUUUCCAGUGCAUCUAAUUGUACUGAUUAUCAGAGUAGAAGAUUAGGUAUAAAAUAUACAGAUAUUAACGGUAAUUACAGACACGCUCAUACAGUCAAUGGAACAGCAUGUGCCAUACCACGUAUGAUUAUGGCCAUACUUGAACAGUUUCAAACUAAGGAUUGGAAUGUAAACAUACCAGAAGUCUUACAACCUUAUAUGAACAAUAAAACACAGCUUACUGGGCCUCAAAACAAACAUCCAACAAAAUGGAUCAAAUUUAAGAAAUUAAAAAAUAUUACUUCUUAA